AACAACGCUGAAGGUACUGCCUCAAGUAAACUUCAUUUCUUUCCCACUUCCAGCCGGUGUAGUUUUAGUAAUGCUCGUGGUAAUAUUGACAAGCAGUGUAGGAGAUGAUGAAAUUAAAAGAUUCCAGGACCACAGCCAAGAGCAAGAGAAAAGCACCUCGGGACGGAAAGGCCUCGAGCCGUCUGCCAGAUCUUGAGGGCAUUUUAAGUCGGUCCAUUGAGGAGUACGCUGGUUGUAACCUAUUUGAUGACAGUACUCAGUCUCUAUUAUAUGGGCACCUACUCGAUACAAUUGCCCGACUACGCGGUGAGGUGGUGCACCUCGGGGAAAAAGCCAGGAAGCCGCGACCACCUUGUCUCAAAUGUGUAAAGAAGUUGGCCCCGGUGCCUAAACCGGUGGAAAAGCCGCCCGUUCGAUUUCAGAUUCUCCACCGAAUUUUCUGUGCCAGUAUGUCUCAUAGUCAUGACCGCGCAAUUUAUGAGGACGAACCAACCAGAAGAAGUACUAGUAGCGGGCUCAGGGGGGACAAAAGAGUGACUAAUAUCGACCAAUAUUGCACUCAACACAAGGAUUUGUCCUUUAUUCUCUUUAAGGAGCAUAGUUGUGUUAUGUCUAACAUGUCAGCGCACAAUUUUAUGGACAGAGAGAAUUUCCGGAUUUCCAGUCGAAAGGAACGCUUGCUAGUUGUGUCUGACAUCUUGCAGAAGGCACUCAACCAAGUUGCACUAUGCUCUCCACAAGACACGAAAGACGAUCCUGGACUAAUACACAUGCAUGCGCCGUACUUAUUCUUAUAUCACCACAGAGCUCUUCUAUCGGAUCUCGCGGCAACGACAGGUGGCGAAACGGAAGAGCAUGUUUCCCUACUGCUAUCAUUCAUUAAUGAACAUUAUAGAGAUGAGUAUAAAGAAGCCGAAAGACUAUUCAACACUGGAAUUAUUACCAAAGAACACGUCGAAAAACUUUACCGUCCGAACAGCAUUGUAAUCGAUAGUACUGGACCCCAGGACCGCGCUUAUGUUAUAAAAUCAUGGCUCGAGGUCGAUGAAGGGGAUAUGAAGCUCCUUUGCUGGUCAUGGGAAUACGAUGGUUCAUUCCUCAGGAGAGGGGAAACCCACUUGAAGAUGAAUGCGCCAUCAGUUGCGGGUUCUGCUUCGAGUGUCAUUGGUGUUUUCCCCAUCUCCAUGGCCGACCACGAAACUCUUGAGAACCUGAGACUACGAGGGCAAAAGUUCUGGUCUAUGAAAGGGCAACAUUUUACAUGUUAUUCUGGCCAUGACGUCGCCAAAAUGAGGCUCCAUGUAAGUAAUGUUUGGCAUUCUCGAUGCACUAACUAACCCCCUUGUCAAAGCACAAAGCAAGAUUCAUGAUAGAUACGU